UCAACAUCAACAUCAACAUCAACAUCAACAUCAUCAACAUCAACAUCAACAUCAAACCAGUGAAGAAAAUAAUGCAGAACUUGAAAAUUUAAGGGAACAGAUGAGACGUGAUGUACAAAAUUACAAAAAAGAAAUCAUUAUCUCUGGUAUUUAUAGUGAUGACACAUAUGAAUAUAGGCAUAUCAUUCUUCCCAAACAAAUUGCUCGUUAUCUCCCUGAUAAGAAAUACAAGAUCUUGUUACAAGAAAAGGAAUAUCGUCGACUAGAUGUGAACAUAUCAUUAGGAUGGCAACAUUAUAUGACUCAUAAACCCGAACCCAAUAUCUUCUUAUUAAGACGCAGCUUUGAAGAUGCAAAAAGAAAAAUUAUCAUCCACAGAAUACUAGACGCGUGCCGGGUUCAAAUCAACUACUAAUAGAAUCAAUAACGAAAAGUCAGAAGCAAUUCGAACAGUUGAAGCCGCUAUUACAACCGACAAGAAUAUUGGUAUUAUGGAUUACAUCAACUCGACAC